AUGGCUGCCCCCGAUACUACUUCAAUUCCCGGUUACACCAUCUUUCGGGAAACCGACUAUGAGAGUGUGGCCGCUGCCGCGAUGCUGCCGCAAACUACACCACACCCACUAGACCAGCUCAGCAUCAAGGAAAUUCCCCAGGCAGCUCAAAUCAUCCGAGACUACCUUAGCCCCAAGACCGUCAAGUUCAACUGCAUUACCUUGCGCGAGCCCCGGAAGGCCGAGUAUCAGGCUUAUCGUGCUGGGAAGGUCCCGGUUCCGGACCGCCGUGCUUUUGCCAUCGUCAUCGAACGCGAGAGCCAACAGGUCUCCGAAUUGGUGGUGAACUUGAAGUCGCAAAAGGUGGAGUUGUAUAAGCCUGUCAAGGACGUGAUGCCCACUUUGACCCUGGAGGAUCUGGAUGUCAUGGAGCGCGUCGCUCGCCAAGAUCCCCGCGUCAUUCGUGCCUGCGAGGAGAUCGGCAUCACGGAUAUGAACAAGGUCUACUUUGAUGCGUGGGCCAUCGGCAUCGAUGAGCGAUGGGGCUUUGAGCGCCGCCUUCAGCAGGGUCUCGCCUACUACCGCGCCUCAGAGUCUGACAACCAAUACGCUCAUCCACUGGACUUCAGCGUUGUGGCAGAUACUGAGACGGAAGAGGUUCUCAGCGUGGACGUGCGCACCGUCAAUGGCGAACGAGUCCCAAUCCCUAUGGAAGAACACAACUACCUGCCCGAAUUUAUCGGCGACAAAUACAACCAUGACCGCCUCAAGCCCAUUGACAUCAUCCAGCCUCAGGGCGUUUCCUUCAAGGUCCGCGGUAACGAGCUGACCUGGGCCAACUUCAAGAUGCACAUCGGCUUCAACUACCGCGAGGGUAUCGUGAUCUCCGACGUACGCACCCACGAUAUGUACGAGAACCGGGAACGAACCCUCUUCAACCGUAUCUCCGUCGUCGAGAUGGUCGUUCCCUAUGGUUGUCCCGAGGGCCCCCACCACAAGAAGCACGCCUUUGAUGUUGGCGAGUACGGGUCCGGUCUCAUGACCAACUCCCUCAAGCUGGGCUGUGACUGUAAGGGCGUCAUUCACUAUAUGGAUGGAGUCGUGUCGACUGCCAAGGGCGAGGCUGCCGUGAUCAAGAACGCCAUUUGCAUCCACGAGGAGGAUAACGGCCUGUUGUACAAGCACACCGACUUCCGCGACGGAUCUGUGAUCUCCGCUCGUGAUCGCAAGCUCAUCGUCUCCCAAAUCAUCACCGCUGCCAACUAUGAGUACGGCUUCUAUCACAUCUUCUCGCUCGACGGCACCUACAAGCUCGAGAUGAAGCUGACGGGUAUGCUCAACACCUACUCUCUCCACUCCACCGAACAGGCCGCUCCCUACGGCACCCAAGUGGCACCCAACGUCACUGCUCACAACCACCAACACAUCUUCUCCCUCCGGAUCGAUCCCGAGAUCGACGGAACCAACAACACCGUCGUCCAGAGCGACGCUGUUUCAGCCGACCACGCCGUGGGCUCUCCCGAAAACCCCUACGGCAACGCUUUCCUCUGCAAAAAGACUCCUCUCCGCACAUCCCUCGAGGGCGCGGCCGAUUACUGCUACGAGACCCAGCGCUCGUGGGACAUCAUCAACCCCAACCGGAUCAACCCUGUGGCCAACAAGCCCAUCGGGUACAAGAUUCUUAACAACAACUGCCCCCCUCUCCUCGCCAAGCCCGGGAGCACAGUCUACAAGCGCGCGGGCUUUGCUCGCAAGCCUCUCUGGGUCACUCCCUAUAAGGACUACGAGCUCUUCCCCGCAGGUGACUACGUCUGCCAGUCCCAGGGCGAAGAAGACCACCCGCACAACUCGACCAUUGUCGACUGGGCCAAGCGCAAUGAAAACAUCGAGAACACCGAUAUCGUCUGCUACUUGCAGUUUGGUCUCACGCAUUUCCCUCGCACGGAGGACUUCCCCGUCAUGCCUGCCGAGCCGGUCAGCAUCAUGCUGCGAGCCUCGAACUUCUCUGUGAAGAACCCCGGUCUUUGGGUGCCUCCUUCGUCGGUCUGCGUCGACACUCAGUCUAAGAAUGCCUUUUCCACGUCUUGUUGUGCUUCCAAGGGGCCGGCUAGAUUGUAA